AGCUAGGGCUGCGCGUUGCUCCGCCCCCGGUGAGAGUCGGCGCCACCAUGGAGGAGUACCACCGCCACUGCGACGAGGUUGGCUUCAAUGCUGAUGAAGCCCAUAAUAUCGUCAAAGAGUGUGUGGAUGGGGUAUUAGGAGGUGAGGAUUACAAUCAGAACAAUAUCAACCAGUGGACUGCAAGCAUGGUGGAGCAAUCACUCACACAUUUGGUUAAGCUGGGGAAAGCAUACAAAUACAUUGUGACUUGUGCAGUGGUCCAGCGGAGUGCAUAUGGCUUUCACACAGCCAGCUCAUGUUUUUGGGACACCACAUCUGAUGGAACCUGUACUGUAAGAUGGGAGAACCGAACCAUGAACUGCAUUGUCAAUGUUUUUGCCAUUGCAAUUGUCCUGUGACCAUCUAAAAACAUUGGGCUAAAGCCACUAACUUAAGAAUUUGUCAGUGUAUCCUUUCCACAAAGUAAUACUGAUGACUAUGUUAGAUGACAAGUGUGCAAUAUGCUUCAAAGCUAUCAACUAAAACUGACUAUUACAAGCAAGUAAUCUCACAGUAUGUUAACAGGUUAUCUUGUAUUCUAUAUGGCAUCAUUUAAAUAGGAAAAAUUGAGUAUUAGCAAAAAACAAAUGGAGAAAUAUGGCAUGAUAUAAAAUAUAUUCUUAUAUUUACACCGGCUUUUCACUAACCUUAUUAUGUACCUAAGGAGAUAGAAAAAUCCAUUCAGAAAAAUCACAUUAUCUUUCAGCUACAGAACUUACCAGAGUUAAAUAUGUGACCAAAAAAGCUACAAGGAAAAAUGUGGAGAAAUGCUAAGAAUUAGCUAGCACCUCUUAGUUUUUUUUUUAAAUUUCUUCCCCUUACUUAGUUAUGUUAAUAUUCAGUGAAAAGUAAUUUUGUUUUUUUUUCUAUAACUAAUGUUAUGGUGGGAACUAUGAUUAUCUUGUUCACUUUUUCUGAAAAAUGAUAAUUAUUUUUUUAAAAAAUUUAAUUUGUUGGAUUUAUACUUGAGGUUGAAUUCAAUCUGAUAAUGUGAAAUCCCUGGCGAAGCAAAAUUUGUUAGACCAUAUGAUGAACAGUACAUGAUUCAGACAACUGCCUUACAAUCCACUCAUCCAUUUGGAACAAAUAUUGAAUGCCUGUGUAAACAUAUUUCUCUGUUAGGCAUUACAGUUAUCAGCAUGUCGUUCAAAUACAAGUUUGUUUUAGCAGCUGUUCAGUUGGAAAACUAGCGGUUUUUUGGGGGGAAAGAAAAAAGGAGAGAGAUUGUUUAUAAGAGAGGAGAAGAGUGUCUGUCCAUGUAGUCAGCAAAAUGAAAAGCACUUACUAGUGAUAGAACUAUAAACAUCAUUGUAAGAGUUGUACCUAGCAGGUUAAAAAUGCAUAAAAUAUGCAACUCUUAGUUAAAGGCCUUAUUAGUAGUCUUAACUAUAUAAGCAGUGUAUUUUAUCAUUGUUUUAGUUAUAACCAUUUUUAAAUAAUUUUAAAAACUUGGGCUGUAAAUUGAAUGGAGUAAAGUCUAAAUUAUAAGUAUACAAUCAUUAACAAAUUAUCUAAUAUCUCAGGGCUUAAGAACUCUUUAAAUUUGUUAAGAAAGUAAAAGAUAUAAAGGUUCAGGUACAUAGCCGUCCACCAAAUGCGAAGUCAAUCUGGUAUUUAACCUUGAAAACAAAGUCAGUCUUGCAUAUUACCAUUAAUAAAAUAAUACAGACUGGAAUCAUUACUCAUUCAAUUUUUUUUGAGGCUGGGUCUCACUAUGUAGCCCAGA